AUGUCCAUUGAAUGGAAUGAGAGUGUAUAUGCAAAGCAAACUCUUGGGAAAGAAGUUGUGAGACACAUCAUUGGUCCAUAUUUUUGGAGUGACACUGUUCAAGCACUUAGAGUUGGCGGUCCUUUAGUUAAUGUACUUCAUAUGGUGGAUGGGGUGAAAAAACCACCAAUGGGCUACAUUUAUGAAGCCAUGGAUAGGGCCAAAGAAAGUAUUGAAAAGGCAUUCAAUUAUGAUGAUAGGAAAUAUAUGAAUGUUUUCAAAAUCAUUGAUGCAAGGUGGACGGAUCAACUUCAUCAAUCUUUACAUACAUCUGGACAUAUUUUGAACCCGGAGCUCUAUUAUAAAAAGAAUGAGAUGAAGACUUUAAUCGAAGAAGUGUGGUUGGGAUAUCAUGCAUGUGUUGAGAGGAUGAUCCUAGAUAAAACUUUGCAAGACAAAAUAGGGGAUGAGCUUGGUGUGUACAUGAAAGCUGAUGGGCUACUUAGAAUUGAGUUAGCCAUUAGAGCUAGAACCUUAAGGUCACCAGCUCAUCCGAUUAUUCAUACUAAAAAGAGAAACAGGCUUGAGUUAAAACGCCUGAAUGAUCUAGUGUUCAUCAAAUAUAAUAGAACAUUGGUGCGUCGCUACAAUGCUCGCAAUACCAUUGAUCCAAUUUUAUUGGAUAAUAUUGAUGAUGCAAAUGAAUGGUUAACUGGAGCACCCCAAAAUCAUGAAGAUGAAGAAGUAUAUGAAGGAGAAGGUCUCACUUAUGGUGAUGUUGCUACGGCUAGUGGUAUGGAGGAGAAUAUUUAUCGUUUUAGGGGGAGUACUUUAAGGGGAAAGGAAAAAAGAGUAGCUAUUGGUUCAAGUUCAAGUUCAAAUAGAAUUAGAACUCUUGUUGAUGAGUCCUCCGAUGAGGAAGAAAAUGAGGACCAAGUAGAACCCUUGUUGAUGGCACUUCAAGAGUUUGAGGAUCUUGUUGAAGAAUAG